GAGAUGUCAACUCCUGAUGCAUCAGGCUCUGCAGGGGCUCCCGGGGCCCCGGAGGGCGAGGGCGGCCCCCCAGCGCCGGCCCCGAACCUGACGAGCAACAGACGACUGCAGCAGACUCAGGCGCAGGUGGACGAGGUGGUGGACAUCAUGCGUGUGAAUGUGGACAAAGUCCUGGAGAGGGACCAGAAGCUGUCGGAGCUGGACGACCGGGCCGACGCCCUGCAGGCCGGAGCCUCGCAGUUCGAGAGCAGUGCCGCCAAACUCAAGAACAAGUACUGGUGGAAAAACUGCAAGAUGAUGAUCAUCAUGGCGAUUGUAGGCAUUAUUUUUGUUGGUGUCAUUUUCUUGUAUUUCUUCUACUGAGCUGCUCAUCAGGGACGACGGACACACGAGAGACGGGACCGGUCUGCACCCAUCAAACACACCCAGACUAAUCCAGCAUGUCCUCCUCCUCCUCCUCCAC